GUGCGCUACAGUCAACCGUCGAGCAUAUCUGUCAUCUGCUCGAACUGUAAUCUCUGGUUACCAGGUGAAACUGGAACUGAACGUAGUCCACUCAUAAGGCCAGCUAAUUGGAAGCAGCGCCGCACUUAGUCAUGUUACGGGAGUGCAGAGCAAGUUAUUCAUUCAGUUGUUAGUCGAGAAUCGUAAGGCGUUUCCGAAACAGAUAUUAACUAAAAAAUAGAUAAAAACGAGGGCAUAUUACAAAAUGCCCAUUCAAUAAGUGAAUUAUAACAACAGCCCAGCCCCCACCAUCGAUGGCACUACAAUGCGUGAUCCAGCCAAAAAUGUGGCUGGGCCUCAAGCAAAUAUUACUCUAUGUGGGCCUGCUGCUGUGUGUAGUGCUCCAGGUGUGCCGCAGCAAGACCCAACUGGAGCUAAACUGUCCCAGCGUCUGCCAUUGUGAUCUCUAUGCAGAGCGCAAUCGCGCCAUAUGCAGCGCCAAACGCUUGAUAAGUGCCAGCCUUGACAUGCCCAAAACGGUGGAGCUUUUAGAUUUAAGCUACAAUGAUAUCACUACCAUUGACGACGAUUGUUUUGAGAGCACAGUGCAUCUCGUGAAUCUGACACUGGCCCACAAUGCCAUACACACUCUGCACGUGAACGCCUUUGGGGAGCUGCGUCGUCUGCGCUCGCUGGAUCUCUCCUACAAUCGACUGGAGCAGAUUGAUGAGCAUCUGCUGGAAACUAAUUCACAGCUAAUGCAUGUUAGUCUGGCGGGCAAUAAGCUGGCCACACUGGGCGAUUUUCCACUGCUGCGAAGCACUUCGCUGCGUACACUUAAUUUACGGAAUGCACAGAUCAAUCAGCUGGGACCGGAAUCGUUGAGCGCCUUGCCACAGCUGCGCCAGCUGGAUCUGGCCCAGAAUAUGCUGCUCACACUCAACAUUAAUGUUUUCCAUGCGCCGCGUUACUUGGCCUCGGUCAACCUGGACGAGAAUCCGCUCAACUGCGACCGUGCUUUAAUUAAGGUCGCCACUUGGCUGAGUUUGCGAGGUGUCACCGUCAGCAUGACCGAUUGCCUGGAGGAGAGGCUGCCAUCCCAUCCACUGGAUGUGCAAGUGGACGGGGCACUUCAGGAGCCCCCCAAACUGGAGCGCAUGGAGAACCUGGAUAGCGGCAGUAGCAGCUCUGACGGCCCCAAGUCUGUGGUGGCAGUCUGGCGCGAACUACCUGAUGAUUCAGAGGAGCAGCAGCAGGAGCAGGAGCCGGAGGAGGAAGAGCUUUCAACACUUAUCGAUGUGUGUGAGGGAAAUCGCGAACAGCUAUGCUUGCGCUAUCGCAAUUGCCUGGAGCGGGUCAGUCACGAGCUGCUCGCCGGCAGUGCCGCUCAGCCACCAGACCAGGUAAAAAGCACGCACAUCUUCGACGAGGACGAUGUCAAGCUGGCCUUUGCAGUGGGUGGCGCCACUGGCAUCUGCAUGGUCAUUUUCAUAAUCAGCUUUGCUCUCUGCAUAAAAAGCGGCUGCGAACUGAGAAGGAAGCGUCGUCAACCGGCAGACGGCGAGACAACCACGUUGGACUCCUCACAACAGCAGCUGCCCACGAUUCAUACUUGGACGCCUUCGACAGUUCGCAAUCCCCGUCGUUCUAAUCCGCAGCGUUCACGUAACGCUCCCUCACGCGCCCUGGUACGGCAGCCAUAUGGACCCGAUGAUAACUUUGUCUCACGCCUUUUUGGCCGCCCGGCGAGGCGUCAGUACUAUCGCACCAUAAACCAGAAUACGGCGACGCUAAUUAGACGCCUGAGUCGUAGUAAUCUUUUCAGCACUCGCGAUCGGGAGCCGAGUAGUCCGGAAACUCCGCCCGCAGCAACUGCAAGAUUUUACACGGACUUUGUGGAAGCUGGAGCAGCUCGACCGGAGACGCCACCACCCAAUUACGGCGAUGUGGUGGUCAUCGAUAAUUGUGAUAACAAAUAGAUAUCGAGCCAAAUCGUGCUCCCUUAAAUACCCAAGCAGUAGGCAUUAUCUAAUAAAUCUUUAAGAAAGACUUAAGGCAACAUCUUUAUAGUUUACAAAA